AUGGCAGAAAAACAAACGAGAAAGGUCGUUUCGGAGCAGGAACGACUCGAAUUGGCGGCACAGUUGGAUAAAGAUCUGGAUGCCUUCAUCAGUUCUCUGGAGAAACGGCGUUACACAGAAGGAUGGCCCGAAGAUCGGUGGGAGGAAGAAAUGGCAAAGCAUCCAUUUUUCAUGCAAAAAUCUCCCGAACCGGGCGAAAAACUGAGUCCCUUGAUGGAAGGGCUGCAGCAGCUGAAGUACGAUCCGCUAGAAAACACCGAACAGGAGCUAGCCGACACGUACAAAGAGGAUGGAAAGUUCUACAUGCAGCACCGCAAGUUCCGGAUGGCCGUGCUAAGUUACACGGAGGCACUUCGAUACAAGGUUGGUGAUGCCGCUUACAAAGCGAUUCUGUACAAUAAUCGCAGUGCCGCGAACUACAUGCUGAAAAAUUUCCGCACUUCCCUGCAAGAUGCUCAGAAAGCGCUGGAAUUGAACCCAGACUACGAGAAGGCUCGAUGGCGAGCGGCCCAAUGUGCUUCCGCACUCGAUCGGUUCGAGCAGUGCGUUGAGCUCUGCGAUACAAUACUGCAGCGUGAUCCAACAAACAGUGCCGCGAUCGAUAUGCGAAAAGCUUGCCUCACGCGACAAGCUGCCCAAAAUCGUGACCUACGCAAGGAAGCACGGCAGGAGCGGGAAAAGCAACAGCAAUGGGAACGGCUCGUUGCCGAGUUACAGCAGCGGAUGGUAAAAUUCGAGGAACGAAAUGCGCUGGAAGAUGAGCGCAAGCUUAAACCGCGGUUGGCUCCGUUGGAAGAUUUUAUGGUGUCUUGCGAUGAAAAUGGUGUCCUUUCCUGGCCAGUAGUGUUCUGUUACCCAGAGUUUCAUACGACCGAUUUCCAACAGCAGCUUUCGGAAACCACAAAAAUGCACGAAGUACUGGAGCAACUGUUUGCAGAACCGCUCGAGUGUGAUAAAGCGGGAGUAUACCGCCAGGCAAGCAAAGUAAACGUGUACUAUGAAAACAGGAUACUUGGUUUUGCCUACAUGGUUGACAAGAACAAAACAAUCCGUGAGAUCGUAGCAGAACGAUCGUUCGUAGUGUUUCAGGGUACACUAACGUUUUACAUACUGGUGAAAGGAUCCAAACAGGAGGAAUCGUUCGUUACUCAAACAAGGAUACCUUUAAAAAUAAAUUAUUGA